UGAUUGGUCAAGAAGGAGGAAGAUGCGACGACCAUGGAGAACAGAUUGAGGACUUUUCAAAACGAUGUGAUUGAUUUAAGCAAAUUUCUCGUCUUCUCAGGUCGUGGUGCGUAGCGUAAUUUCCCUGGAUUAAUAACUACCACUCGUUUGACGAGCUCGGGGGUGUUUAAUUUGAGAAAUAUCUUCAGUUUUCUGCUCUUUGCUCUGUUGGAUCGUUUGAUGUGAUGUCGGCCCGCUGCGCUGUUUGAGAUGAAGUCACUCCCAAGAAAAUGUAGCUUCGGGUUAUAACACCACAACAGACGUUACAGGAGAUUUUGCUGUGUGAACAAUGCACGAGCGAUGUCUGAUGUUGAGGCCACGUACGCAGACUUCAUCGCCUCCGGCAGGACGGGUCGCAGGAACGCCCUGCACGACAUCCUGCAGAGCCCCACCGACCCCGAGGGACGGGAGAUGCCCCUCACCCUGUCUCUCUCUCAGCUGCACAUCAACGCAGGAGGUGGAGAUGGAGACGACACCGAGGACAGCCAGAGCUCGUCCUCAGCCCAGAGGGAGGCCGAGCAGAGGAACAGCUAACUUCCUCCACAGUCCUGCCAGCAGACCGAGGCUCACGGGACGGUUCCCGGCCGUGAUGAGUCCGUUUGUCCAAAGCCGAUUGGUAGCCGGAGGGUAGUUGCCAACAUAUUUGAUAUGCCUUCAAGCAGGGCACUGACUCCCAAAAAUCCACUGUAGAGGUGCUGCGAAGUGAUGAGCCAGUGCUCCGUGUGGCUCUGCUGUGCACUAGAGUGAUUGCAGGGUACUUUUCAGAGUUGGGGUAAACAGACAGACACAUUUGUAGCUCAUGUAAAGCUGAUUUUACUUUCAGUCUCCGUUACCAGUCUUUGUUGGGUGACGGGAAUCAAGCGAGGGAACGCGCAGGGCGACUUUGAGUUUUCUAGUAGUUCAAGCUUUUCUGAUCACAGUGGGAGUGGCAUGUUUGUAGAGGUAGUGAUGCUGAUAGAGAUUGUAUUGCCAGAUAAUGGCUCGUGCUUCCUUUCAA